GAAUCCUCGAUUUGUGAAAAUUGAUGAUACUCAGGAUACAAAUUCCCAGUCUGCACAAAAUAACGACAGUCAAACUCCUCAACAAAUUGUUCACAAUAUGAAUCAACAUACCCAUACACAAUCUAACAUUAAUUAUAUCAACGGUAUCAAUGGUCAAAGCCCUCAACAAAUUGUUCACAAUAUGAAUCAAUACCA